AUGGCCAUCUGGUAUGGGGACUGUACUUCGGGGAUAAUCUGCCAAGAGCGACAAUCACUGAAGUUGCUCUCUUUGGCAGGAAAAGAAAAGGAGGUUGAAGAUGCCCCAUCAUCUGAAAAUUGUGAUGAUACGUCCGUGCAUCUGGUGAGUACACUUGCAUCUACCUAUUUAAGUAUUGUGUCUGAUAGUCAUGACUCUUAG